AUGUCUCCGGGGCUGGAGCUUCCAGCUGAAAUACAGCUAGCGCAACAACUAGCCGGCAACGAGAAAACUAUCCAAGACGGUGUAGUGAGGAAGCUCCAGAGAUACAUCCAUGCCAAGAUGGAAGCCGCCUCAGGUGCUGUCAGUCAUGAAGAAUUGCUAAAAAUAUGGAAAGGGCUAUUCUACUGUAUGUGGAUGCAAGACAAACCUCCCCUUCAGGAGGAACUUGGAAAUACAAUUUCCCAGCUUAUUCAUGUUUUUCAAAAUGUGGAAACCCAGUACCUGUUUGUACAAACUUUUUGGCAAACUAUGAACCGCGAAUGGAAUGGAAUAGACCGAUUACGCCUGGAUAAAUUCUACAUGCUAAUGCGCAUGCUUCUGAACCAGUCCUUUGAGGUGCUAAAAAGAAAUGGAUGGGAGGAAAGUCAGAUUGAACUACUUCUGGAUAUGCUAAUGAAAGAAAUUUUGCACCCAGAUAGUCAUGCACCUUGUGGAGUAAAGUCCCACCUUAUUGAUAUAUAUUUAGAAGAACUGACUAAAGUGGGAGCAGAAGAGCUUACAGCAGAUCAAAACCUUAAGUUCAUUGUUCCAUUCUGCAAAAUUGCAGCCAAGACAAAGGAUUCUACUUUGCUGUAUAAUAUAGUUGGAGGUAUCUUUGAAACAAUUUUGGAACAAGCUCCUUUUGCUAUUGAAGAUUUAAUAAGAGAAUUAAAUGCAACUCAAGAGGAAAGUGAAAUGUCAGAGGGAAAGGAAAUAGCAAAAGAAGAA